AUGAGUGGUGCCGCGCGGGCGCUACUGCGUGCCCUGCAGCUGUGGCUGGUAUCUGGCGAGUACCAGUGGGGCUCCCCGGUCACCCUCCUGCGCGCGAACCACGGCCUGCACUUGCCCUUCCCACAGCGCUCGGUCUUGGUACCAACAGAUGGCGACCUAGAGACACAAAUGAGCCUGAUGAAUGGACUUCAGAUGCCCUUGCUGAUCUAUCGGCUUGGCCCUGUUUGGGAGUUCCCCUUCAAGACCAAGAUCUAUGAAAAGGUGCGAGAAGCACUUCAGCUCGGCUAUCGGCAUUUGGACUUCUCCGAGCACUAUGGAGCUGAGAAGGAGGUCGUCCGAGCCAUCCAAGAUUCAGGAGUGCCCAGGGAAGCGCUGUUCCUGGCGGGCAAGCUGAGCGCAGCGGAUCACUAUCCCUUGGGUGCCCUGCGCGCCGUGCAGCAGCAGAUGAAGCAUUUGGACCUGACCUACCUGGACCUUUUCAUGCUCACCAAACCCAUUUAUGAUCCAGCCGUGCUGCGGGCAGUUUGGGAAAUCCUGGAGAGCUACCAUCAUCGGGGCAUUUUCCGAUCGCUGGGCGUGAGUAACUUUGACUUGGUAUCCCUGGAGCUGUUGGAGCAAGUGGCCAAAGUACCACCAGUUUACCUGCAGAAUCGACCUACAUUGUUAUAUAUGUAUAUAUAUAUACUACAUAUAUUUGUAUGCCUUCACCUGAGAUUUGAGCCACGAGUCACGAGUCCUGUGCAGAAGCUCUCUCUCGGCAGCGCGCAGGAUCCGCAUGUGCUGAGCAUCGCCAGGAGAUGGAAUCGCAGCUCUCAAGAAUUGCUUUCCCGUUGGCUCCUGCAGCUGGGCUGUGCCAUCGUGGCUCCGGCGCCAUUUGGGCCUCCACUGUCCCCCCUUGUUUUGCAGGAAGACAUGCGCCAGCUGGGCGGCCUCAUCUCUCUCAGCAGCUCAGUGCCUGGCGUGGGUCCGCCUAGCUGGAUGGAGGACGUCUAUGGCCUAGCACGAUUUGGGCCACCAGCCGUGUUGGGUGUGACAGGUGCGAACGGCGCAGACGUGGGUUGGUGGACCGAGUAG